UUUUUUUUUCUCGCCAAUUGAUCAGGCUGAGGGAGAACAGCUCAUUCGCAGUGGAUUAAGCGCAGUGAAAGAUUUUCAAUCAACUAUCAUUAUGUCGCUCGUUUCCCAUAUUCUUCGUCGAUCGAUCUCGCAAUCAAUUGCUCGUCAAGCUCAAGUAGGUGGCCCGUCCGCGGUUUCCGGCCAUGAAGCCGGUGGCUAUAAGGUUUGGAAGAAGUUGUCCUUUUUCGUUGCGAUGCCCGCAGUCGGUUUGUGCAUGCUGAACGCUUACCUAAAGCACCAGGAAGAGCACGACCACCCACGACCGGAGUUCAUCAAGUACGAGCAUCUGCGCAUUCGCAACAAGCGCUUCCCGUGGGGCGAAGGCACCAAGAGCCUCUUCCACAACCCGCAUGCCAACGCGCUGCCGGACGGAUACGAGCAUUAAACGCCGUGAUGCUGUGCCGAAAAACAGCCUGUUAAGCGUGGAGAAGUUCCAGAGGAACGUCAACCAUAUACGCUGCUUCUCGUCAACUUGUAGAGUCAAUCUUAAUAAAUUCACAUUCGUGUGAGUUUGUACGUGGUAA